AUGCGCUCUCCCAUGUUCGGCUCGGCCCUCUGGCUGGCGUUGGCCGCCACCAGCGUUGCUCAGGUUCAGUAUGGAUAUAACCAACUUGCAGUCCGUCAAGACUCGGAGCUCGUUGCGGCCAACUUCCCGGACGUGGAUGUUGAGUUGCGAUCGCCUGCUUUUCUCGAACCGGCAAGCAUCCCAUCUGGGUUUGCAAAUGGAACCGAGCCGGCGACCAGUCAUAAAGACAUGGAGUCUUUCAUGCAGACACUGGCCGACAAGCAUGACUGGAUGACCUACAACGUCCUCAAUUUCACAUCCGAGGAAGGCCGAAGCUUCCCCUACAUUCACUUGUCAUCGCCGGCUUCCGCAUCCACCAACAAGGUCCGUGUCUGGUACCAGGGAUCGGUCCACGGCAAUGAGCCUGCUGGUGACCAAGGUGCAUUGGCCUUCCUUGGCAAGCUCGAUGCCAACGCCACCUAUGCCGCGUCAUUGCUCGAUCGCCUCGAGAUCUUUGUGCUGCCACGGUAUAACCCGGACGGCAACUACUACUUCCAGCGCACCCUGGCUACCAACUAUGACCCCAACAGAGAUCAUGUCAAGCUGGCGAGGAUGCAGACGCGGCAGAUCAAGGAAGUGUUCUCCAAAUUUGAUCCACAUAUCAGCAUCGACGCGCAUGAAUACGGAGCGGCCACCAGGUACCUCGGUUACGUGCCUGCCUCCGACGGUCUCUUCUCUGCCGCCAAGAACCUAAACAUCCACCCUCUGAUCCGCAACAUGUCCGAGUCGGUCUUUGCGCCCGCGAUCGGCGCCCACAUGGAGUCUCUGGGCCUGCGCUGGGAGCCCUACGUCACGGGCUCGGCCUCCAACGGCGUCAUCAACCUUGACGAGGCCGGCACCGACGCCAAGAUCGGUCGCAACAACAUGGGCCUGAGCCAGGCCAUCACCUUUUUGACCGAGACGAGGGGAAUCUACCUGGCCGACCAGCAGUUCCAGCGCCGCACCGUUGCCAGUCUGGCUAUGGCCGAGGCCAUCAUUGAUACUGCGGCUGAGAAGGCCGCCGAGGUGCUGGAGGCAGUCGAGGGCGGUCGCGACGACUUUAUCAAGUCCAAUGCGCCGGUGGUGAUUACCGACUUUUCGGAUGUCAUCGACAGGCCUUUCAAAUUAAUCGACAUCAACAACGGGAGUGUGGUCCAAGUCCCCGUCCGCUUCGCAUCCACAACUCCCGCAAACGCCAAUCUCACCCGUGCCCGCCCUGAGGCUUACCUGAUCCCUCCGGCCUGGGCAGACCUCGCCGAGCGUAUGCGCGUGUCGGGGCUGGAGGUCACCACGCUGUCGGACGGCUACGCCGGCGCCGCCGAGGCGCUGACCAUCACGUCGGCGACCAUUGCGCGCUCGUACUACGAGGGCGUCAUCAGGGUGACCACCACAACCAACACCACCACCAAGGACAUCAAGCUGCCGCCCGGCUCGUUCUCCGUGUCAACGAGGCAGAAGAAUGGCGCGCUGGCCAUGGUCGCGCUCGAGCCCGAGAACAUCGAUUCGUAUGUCUCGUUCAACAUUGUGCCGGCCGAGGUUGGGGACGAAUAUCCUGUCUACAGAGUCAUGCAAUAG